CCGGCCCCGGCCCCGGCCCCGAGGAGGCGACUCGCACGCAGGCCGCACGGGCGCCCUCGCGGCGGGGGGGGCUUCGUUUCGGUCUCGCGGCGGCGGCGUUGGCGGAGGGGACCCGGAGCCCCUGAAUGCCCCCGGCCCCGGCUCCUCCGACGCGAUGGGGAAGGUGCUGUCCAAGAUCUUCGGGAACAAGGAAAUGCGAAUCCUCAUGCUGGGCCUGGACGCGGCCGGCAAGACCACCAUCCUGUACAAGUUGAAGCUGGGCCAGUCGGUGACCACCAUUCCCACCGUCGGCUUCAACGUGGAGACGGUGACUUACAAAAACGUCAAGUUCAACGUCUGGGACGUGGGCGGCCAGGACAAGAUCCGGCCGCUGUGGCGGCAUUACUACACCGGGACCCAGGGCCUGAUCUUCGUGGUGGACUGCGCCGACCGCGACCGCAUCGACGAGGCCCGCCAGGAGCUGCACCGCAUCAUCAACGACCGGGAGAUGAGGGACGCCAUCAUCCUCAUCUUCGCCAACAAGCAGGACCUGCCCGAUGCCAUGAAACCCCACGAGAUCCAGGAGAAACUGGGCCUGACCCGGAUUCGGGACAGGAACUGGUAUGUGCAGCCCUCCUGUGCCACCACGGGGGACGGACUCUACGAGGGGCUCACAUGGUUAACCUCUAACUACAAAUCCUAAUGAGCGUCCUCUACCCGUCCCCUGGAAGGAGAGGAUCAAAAACCCAUUCAUAGGAUUAUCGCCGCCAUCACCUCUUUCAAUGGCCACUUUCUCUUCUUUCGAGUUUGAACUCUGGAGUUCCUGUUCUACGGUUUGGGGGGUGGGGCUGGGGGAUGUUCUCUUUUGUUUCUUUUCUUUCUUUCUUUUUUUUUCUUUUCCCUUUGGCUUUGCGUUAGGAUGCUCUGAUCUGACAUUUGACACGAACACAAAGUGCUAGAUGCGCUUGUGGACUUCCAGCAAAAUGGAAUGGGGAAACGUAGCAGUUCUUGGUAAAGUCCUUUGUAAUAAUGGUUUGAUUUUUUUAUUUCAAGAGAAUCUUUUUUUUUUUCCGAUGUAUGCUUUUUUCCUUAUUUGCCCAGUUUCCUUAUCACUUGCUGUAGAUGGCUUAUUUUGCAUUCAUGCAGACUAUGUUGCAAGUCUGUUUCAUCUAGUAAACUGAAAAUUAUUGCUUAAUCAAACUGCCGUUUGUCUUUUAUAUUUAAGGCCUCUCCCCUUCCCUUAUGAGUUCUAACUUUAAUUUAGUAAUUUCAAAUGUGACCUUUUCUAAGACCAGUAUAGUAAACUUAGCCCACAGUGGCAAAUAAUGAGUAAUAAUACAUUGUAACAUGUUCCAGUUGCACAUCAGUAUGUUAAACAGGUAAUGUAAGAAGUUCUUUGAAAUGUCAGCGAUUAAGUUCUGAAACAUACAUCAUGCAUGAGUAGGAAUAAAUCCAAAUUCCCCAUAAUAUAGCUAACUUAUGCUGCAUACAAAUACGAAAGUGUGACCCAUCGAGGACACAUUUUUUUCACUGCAAAGUUAGUCACUUUGCUGUUUUUCCUCUUUUUUAACUUUAAAAAUAGAUGUUUCCAGAAAUUGGAGCAAUAAUGCUGUUUUCCACAUACAGAUGAAAUAUUUGGAGGUCUUUUAAGUGACUUUUGGGCAAAACUGGAAUGUAUGCUUUUACCUUGUUUCAAAUGUCUGAAGAGCAGUAAUUUAAAAGUUACUGACAGGUUUGCUUUGUUCAUUAAUAAAGCAUUAACAAUUCAAAUUAUAUGCAUCUUUUACCUAGUUGAAAAAAUACACAUUCCUGUUUUCACAUUGUAGCAACUGAUUAAGCUGAAGAUAUACAAGUCAAUUUUUAUACAUGAGUGAUCCACAUCUCCAUGAAUUAGAACACUGGAAAAUAUGUUUUAUAAAAAAAGGUAUUUGAUUUUGUUUGUAGGAUUAACUCAUGCAAAUAGAAAGUCAGAUAUCCUGUUGGUUCAGAGGUACACUGUCUCCUUUAAGGAAGGAAAUGUGAUGAAUGAGUGGUGUGUAGACUUGAGGGUUGACAGUUAAAGGGAAAGUAGGAUGAGGAGAAAGAACCUGCAGAUGACAGUGAAUGUAAACUUACUUUCAAGGGUAAGCAGUGUGCUCAUGGUGAUAUCCGGAUCCUAACAAGAUUACUUGGUUAACCGGUUAGGACCAGUAACUAGAUUGAGACCACUAUGAUCAUAUUUUGAACCCGAUGUAAAUGCUCAAUACAGAAUUGUGAAGCAGCAUCUGGUUCUCACAUAGCCUUAAGGAUUAAUUUUAGCGAUCCUCAAGGAAUUAAACUUAGGGAAUUUCUGAGAGGUAGAUUGCCUUUGCAGUCUAAAGAAAAGAUGGAGUGGGCUUUGUUUAUGAGGGUGUCUGGAAACUAGAAUCGAGCGGGAUGUCAUGGUAUAGUUGGACAGUAUUGGACCUUCGCGCUUUGGCCAUAUUGUACAACGAGCUUUUACCAAAGAUGUAUGAGAAGUAAAAGGCUGUUAAAAGGGUAUUGAGGUAAAACUCUUGACAAACGUUUUACUUAAAGCAGAUGAGAAAAGGUUGUGUUGUAGGUUCCUGCUGGUGCAGAGGGAUUUUUGAUUUCAAGAUACAACUAAAGUAUAAAGUUCUCAGUUUCACUUUAGUAGAAAUAUGUCUAGAAACGAGGCUGAUACACACAUCUAAGAACAUUUUGGUUGCUUUUUGAGAUUCCCAAAGCUCCACCAUAAAUGUAAUUCUUAGUGUUUGAAGUGAUUCCAUUUUAAGGUACAUAAACAUUGGUUAUCCAAAUAUCAAUGCUAUAGUAACAUCCUGAAACAAAACAAGCACAAAGGUAUAAAUGCCUAAACUGGAGGAAACUUGAAACCCUCAUGUUAAUUCUUAAAUGUAGUAUUUCUAACUUGUGAAGACAGUUAGAUUGGUAGGCAGCCAUUUUUUUGUGUCUUAAAAUAACUGGGGGCAUAGUUAAAAUUUUAUACAUCAAGUGAUUGCUAUUAUUGAAUGUUGCAGGUGAGAUGUCAUUUUUAGUUUAUUUGAAAUGUCUGGGGGGAGGGGGAAGCAAAUAUUUGAAAUUUGGAAAGCCCUAAACUUUUUAGUAAGAAAUUGUUAAUUUUCACUUAAGUUUUCUUGAAGGAUAUAAAAGCUUUAUAGUUGAUAUAGUUAAAUUGAAUGACAACCAUUGGUGAUUAUGGAGCAGGUAAUUGUAGCCUGCAGAAAAAUUAUAACAAUCUAAGAAUCAAAAUAAGAUCCUGAAGUUUUUGUUUAAUUGCAUCAAUUUCUGUAUUUAUGUGAAUUUAUAAACUGCAGUAAGUUUUGAAUGAGGUUAAUCUUGUUUAAUAUAAGUAAAUGAGUUUGUAGAAUGUGAUCUCCCCAAACUAAAAAGUACAGUACUUGGAAUUGUGUUCUUUAUGGUUGUAGUGUUGGUAAAGCACUAAUAUGCAGAAAAUAAAGGAAUUACACAGUGCA